CAACUUCACAAGGCUAAAACAGUCCUAUAAAAGAAGACCGUCAUGGAUUGAGUGAAGACAAAGAAAACAAAUCAUCACAAAGGGGAAGAGAUUCUGUAAAAGAACAGGAAUGGAAACGAAAAGAAUGAUUUUUGUGAUACUAAUCACUGUUCUUCUAUCCUUGUCAUUACCCGUUAGAACUGAUUACGUUAGACCCCAACCUCGUAAAACUUUGCAUUUCCCAUGGAAACCAAAGCACCCUUCUCUGCCUCACCAGGUACACAUAUCAUUGGCUGGAGAAAAUCACAUGCGAAUUUCGUGGAUCACUGAUGAUAACUCCGCUCCUUCAAUUGUUGAAUACGGAACCUUGCCUGGACAAUACACCUUGUCAUCAUCAGGAGAGACCGCCUCUUAUAAUUACUUAUUUUAUAGCUCCGGAAAGAUACACCAUACUGUCAUUGGGCCUCUGGAACAUGAUACCAUUUAUUUCUAUCGGUGCGGAGGACAAGGUCCUGAAUUUCAGCUCAAGACCCCACCCGGACAAUUUCCUGUUACCUUUGCCGUAGCUGGCGAUUUAGGUCAAACUGGCUGGACUAAAUCAACAUUAGACCACAUCGACCAAUGCAAAUAUGAUGUACAUCUGCUUCCCGGGGACCUUUCUUAUGCUGAUUGCAUGCAGCAUCUCUGGGACAACUUUGGUGAGCUGGUACAGCCACUUGCGAGUGCCAGACCGUGGAUGGUAACACAAGGCAACCAUGAAAAGGAGAAGAUACCAUUUUUUACAGAUGCAUUUGAGUCCUAUAAUGCAAGAUGGAAAAUGCCGUUUGAGGAAAGUGAAUCGACCUCAAAUCUUUAUUAUUCUUUCGAAGUUGCAGGGGUCCAUGUUAUCAUGCUUGGUUCAUAUACGGAUUACGACGAGCUUUCAGAUCAAUAUAGCUGGUUGAAGGCUGAUCUUUCAAAGGUGGACAGAAAGAAGACACCCUGGUUAGUUGUGUUGUUCCAUGUUCCAUGGUACAAUAGUAACCAUGCUCAUCAAGGUGAAGGGGAUGGGAUGAUGGCAGCCAUGGAACCACUGCUUUAUGCUGCUGGUGUUGAUUUAGUAUUUGCGGGUCACGUGCAUGCUUACGAGCGCUCCAAACGUGUUAACAAAGGAAAAUCAGAUCCUUGUGGCACUGUUCAUAUUACUAUCGGAGAUGGAGGCAACAGAGAAGGUUUAGCUCAAAAGUACAUUCACCCAACACCAGAGUGGUCAAUGUUCCGUGAAGCGAGCUUUGGUCAUGGCGAGCUCAAGAUAGUGAAUUCAACUCAUGCAUUUUGGAGCUGGCACCGGAACGAUGACGAUGAACCAGUACGGUCUGAUCAAGUUUGGAUAACCUCUCUCAUCAGUUCUGGAUGUCUUGCAGAAAAGGCUUAUGAAUCAAGUAAAAUUCUUGUUUCUCCUUAAACUAAAGACUUGGCGGUCAGUGUCCCUAGAUUCGAGCCAAGUUGUUGCUAAACAGCUUGAUGUGUGUUGUGUGUAUAUAUAUACUAAUGCUAGAAGACAUGGUUUCAAUUAGUAAAAUGGUUAUUCGUUUCAUGUAAUUGAGCAUAAAGGCCAUCUCCAUUUGAAGCUGUCCUAUUGCUCAUUUCUUAUAUGUAACUUUUCAAAGAUAAUUUUGUUUC